CCCCUCCGCCGCCACCGGCGGAGCCAUGCGCCCCGCGCCGCUGCUCGCGCUGCUGCUCUGGGCGCCGCUGCUCUGGGCGCCGCCGGUGCGAGACCACCGUCACGGCGUCCACUGGAACGGCAGCAACCCCAGGUUUUUGCGGGACGACUACACCAUCCAGGUGGCCAUCAAUGACUACUUGGACAUCUACUGCCCACACUACGAGGGGACUGUGCCCGCCGGCCGGGCAGAGACCUUCACACUCUUCAUGGUGGACCAAGAAGGUUAUCGUGGUUGCUACGAAACCCCCGGUGCCUUCAAGCGCUGGGUGUGCAACCGACCCCACGCGCCCUUCGGCCCCGUCCGCUUCUCCGAGAAGAUCCAACGCUUCACUCCCUUCUCGCUCGGCUUCGAGUUCCAGCCGGGAGAGACCUACUACUACAUCUCCAUUCCCAGCCCCGAGAGCACCGGGCGCUGCCUGAAGCUCCGCGUCUACGUCUGCUGCAGAGGCACCACGCCGGAGCCGGUGACGGAGGUUCCCAAUUCGCAGCCCCGUGGACGUGGGGGUCCGGAGGGGAUCUCGCUCCCCGCUGGCAUCACCAAAACACCGGCCCCGCUGGCCAUCCUGCCCCGGUGCUGGGCUCCCUGCGGACCCUGCUCUGCCCCAGGGCCGUCACCUCAUCUCGUGCCUUUCCCCAUGGACCCUCUGCCCCGGGGGGGGCCGGGGACCCCCAGGCCCUGGAGCGGGAGGGGGGUACCGGAUGCGGCCCCUCUGCUGCCUUGUCCUCCUGCGAGGACACACACGGAUCUGUCUUCUGGGAAGACGCCCUCCUCAGUGCCGUCGUCACCGGCCCCUACGGUUUGGUUUUAACCCCUGGUAGUGACUGAGCCGAGCAAUACAGUGUUUGCAAGAUCGCUGCGCCCUCCGUGCAGCCCCCACCCCUGGCAUCGCGCUGCCCGCUGCCCCCAUCCCGCAGUCCCCUCCGGUGGGCCGUCCCCACGGUGCCCCCAUGCCCACUGUCCUCUGCCCACUUUCCCCUCCUGCCUAACAUCCCUUCCCCAUGGUCCCAUCCUGCCCACAAUCCCCUCCUGCCCAUGGUCCCAGCCUUCCUGUGGUCCUUUACCCAUGGUCCCAUCCUUC